CUAGAAGAAGAGCGAAGUAGCUGUGUGCAAGCAAGUAUUGUUGAGUGCACAUGCUGAUUUUGUCCUGGUUGAGGAACGUUCUAUUGUUCAACACUUAAUAUCUUGUUAGUGAUUUAUUCUUGAGGCUUUAAGUGGAUUAUUGGACCUGUUCCUUGUCGUCAUCAUCAUUAUCAUUUCAUUUUCUCUUUUAACCCAUUUAAAGCCUGUAUGCAUACAUGUAUCCUUUUUAAAUGAGCUAUUUGAGACUGGACUAAGUUUGAAAGCCAAAUACUGGUUCUUGAUUUUAUUGUUAUCUUCAAAAUGCCAAUUUUGUGUCCUUUUUUUUUUUUUUUUUAAAGUCUGUAUUUUGUGUUUUUUGCUAAUUAUCAUCACUAAAUGUCUAAAGAACUACAUUUGCUCAUUUAAGUUUAUUUUUAUAAUGAAUAUUGAAUAACCCAAUAUGCCAUACAGAUGGUUAUAGUCUAGCUAUAGUUACACAUGGUAAACAGGGUAAUGGCCCUUUUUUUUUUUUUUUUUUUUUCUAAAUACAACAAUGGAAAUAUUGUAAAACAAUUCAUGAAUUUUGUCUUUUUUGGGGGGGACUGCUCCAUACCACACAGCUAUCAUGAUUCACCCCUGCAGAGAAGCUACUCCCUCAGCGAUUCACCAAAAAAUUCUGUGAUUUUUAUUUCCAUCAAACUACAAGCGAAGGAAGAAAAAAAGAUGGUAUAUAAAGAGGAAAAAAUCCAAGUGUAACAACUGAAGGCUACUGACAUACUAUUGGGGAAAAAUGAAGUCUGUUAAAGAAGAGAGUGUAGAAAUGAGUGAUCCAGAGCCAUGCAGAAUAAAAAAUGAAGAUGCUGAGGAACAAAGAGACUUGACAGAAGUGAAAGAGGAAAGUCAAGAACUGAAUGAUGUGGAGGAGAAACAUCAGUAUCAUAAAUGUGAUAAUAUUAUGACUGGUGAAGAAUAUUUUAGUGGCUUGAAGACUGAAAAUUUCUUACAGAAAAGAACAAUAGCCAAAAAUUCCUUCACCUGCUCUUACUGUGGAAAAAGCUUCACACAAACAGGAAACCUUAAUACUCACUUAAGAAUUCACACUGGAGAAAAGCCUUUCAAAUGCCCUCAGUGUGGAAAAAGUUUUACACAAAAAGAAAGCCUUAAAACUCACUUAAGACUUCACACUGGAGAGAAACCCUUCACAUGCCUUCAAUGUGGAAAAAGUUUCUUAUGUCAAAGAAACCUAAAGAUUCACAUGAGAAUCCACACUGGAGAGAAGCCUUUCACCUGCCAUCAAUGUGGAAAGUGUUUUUCUGUGGGAGCAAACCUUAAGAGUCACCUGCGACUUCACUCCGGAGAGAAGCCUUUCACCUGCCUUCGGUGUGGAAAGAGUUUCACACAGAAAGGACAGCUUGAUGUUCACAUGAAAAUUCACACUGGAGAGAAGCCUUUCAAGUGCCAUCAGUGUGGAAAGAGUUUUGCACAUAAAGGAAAUCUUCAGCGUCACAUGAGAAUUCACACUGGAGAGAAGCCUUUCACCUGUUCUCAAUGUGGAAAGGGUUUCAAACAAGCAGGCAAUCUCACACUUCAUCUGCAAUAUCACUCUGGAUUAAAGCCAUUUAAUUGUGAUCAGUGUGGCAAGACAUUUACGGGGGCAUCACAGCUAAAGUUACACCUGACAUCUCAUGCAAACGAGAAGCCUUACGUGUGUUCUUUUUGUGGAAAAAGUUUUGUUACAUCAGGACACCUGAAAGCACAUGAGAGAGUGCAUACUGGAGAGAAGCCAUACCACUGCACUUCAUGUGAGAAGAGUUUCAGCCAAUCACGUAGUCUACAGACUCAUUUAAAAAAGUGUUGUCCAAAUAGUAAGCAAAUGUAAUUUCAUGGUCAACUACUAUUCAUUUAAAAACUUCAUUCUUCACUAGUCAGUCCAACUUUAGUCAGUUCACUAUAUCUGGUGGAUGUAAUUUGAAAAUUAUAAAACAAAAAACAACAAAGGUUAGGCACAGAAAAGGCCAAAUAAUCAUAUUUAUGCAUAUAGAUGAACUUAACCUUGUAUAACCGGUAUCUUCUAAAUAUGUUGUUGUUAACAUUAGAAUUACAGAAUUACCCUUUUGCAUAUCACACAAAAAAUUGUACAAUUAAAUUGGGGUUUAUUUUUUUCUUUGUAAUGAAGAAAUCACAUAAUUGAUUUUUACAAUUUCAACUAAUGCUGGCAACAGAGGUGUACUAUAAAUGUUUAAUUAGGCUUCUACAAGUACUCUACGUUAAAACGUUAUAGUUCUAUGAAAUUUAAAACUCACAUUGAUUUAAGAAUGCUUUUUUUGUCAAGGACAUUCUCACUCCUAAACCGAUCCAGCUCAGUUAGCUGUUGCGGGUGAAGACUGCUUUAUAAUCCUAGUUGAUAGUCAUUCAAACUUGUAAACACACUUUUCUUAUUCAUGUCUGUUUCCAUGGUGACUCGUUGAUUUGGUGCUCUGCUGAGUUUGCCUUUUUGAGUUUACCGUGAACGCGUAUAAAUUUCUAACGCAGCACUGAGUGAACUAACUCCAAACUAGCAUUCUGGUACCAAUAGUUGUUCUAAAGUCAAAAAGUCAUGCCUGUUUGGAAUGACAUGAGGGUGAUGAUAUGACUUUUCAUUUUGGGUGAACAAUUCCUUCUAAGUUUUAACCUUUGUUAAAAGAAAAUGCAUUCAAAGAGCAGCUUGACUUUUAAAUAUUAAAGGGGUUUUCAAAUUAAAAGAAAAAAAGAACCUAAAAUACAGACAGUAUUUGUGUAAUGGGAAAUGCUGUUCAACUAGCAUUAGUCUCUCUUCCAAUCUGUGAAUCCCUCAAAUUGGAAAGCAAAAGACCAUAACAUAAAUAAAAAGCAACAAAACCAAUCCUGGUCUUUGGCCCUAACAUCAGGUUAUGAAAUUCACAGAUGGAGUGUUUUUUUCAGGACCUGAACCUCGGAAAGCUUGUUUGCAUCCAGCUCCAUGAAGAUCUUUUGAAAUACUAAAAGUGUAUCUUUCUGAUUUUGGAAGCACAGGUGAAGUGAAUAACGUUGAUCAUCCCCUAACAAGGCCACAUGUCAUUGUCUGGGUAGAUUAGAUGGUAAGCGAAGAAUCAGUUCUCGUAUUCAACGUGUUGAAUGCAGGAGAAAUGGGCAGGAGUAAAGACCUGAGCGAUAAGGGCCAAAUUGUUAUGGUCAGAGCAUCUCUGAAACGGCAAGGCUUGUAGGGUGCUCCCAGUCAGCAGUGGCGAGUACCUACCGACAGUGGUCCGAGGAGGGACAAACCACAAACCGGCGACAGGGUGUUGGGCACCCAAGGCUCAAAGAUGCGUGAGGGCAACGAAGGCUAUCCCUUCUGGUCUUAACCAACAGAAGGCCUACUGUGGCACAAGUAACAGAAAAUGUUAAUGAUGGUUAUGGGAGGAAUGUGUCAUAACACACAGUGAAUCGCACCCUGCUGCAUAGCCGCAGAUCGGUCAAAGUGUCUAUGAUGACCCCUGUCCACGGCUAGCGUCGGAACUUGACUUUGAAGCAGUGGAAGAAUGACCAGCAUCGUUUCACAUCACGUGGACAGCCAUGUACGUGUGUGCCGUUUACCUGGGGAAGUGAUGGUACCAGGAUGCACUGUGGGAAGACUAUGGUCAGUUGUGCAGCCCAUCAAUAACUGUUACGAGUGACCAGCAGUAGGAACGCCUAUUAGUGACAUACAGUACUGAAUAAAAUAGCAGUCAGUGUGAACAAGGCUUGAAAUGAAAAGUUUCAUUUAUGUGCAAUCAACAACAUUUAAACAUAGGCCUAAAACUUUAAUCAAUAGAGAAAUACUGUCAGAUUUAAAAUGACCAUGAAUUAAAUGGGGCAUCCUUGAUCCAUAGUUGACAUGAUGCUGGAGAUCUUCUCUACUCCUGCACCUCCUUUCUUUCGUAAGAUCUUAAGCAGCUGGAUGGAGAAAUUGAGAUGAUCAAUACAUUUCGAUACUGAAGGGAUAGUGGUAAUUUGUGUGAAUUACACGGAUACUUAAGAACAUGUUAAAAUGACAGAUCAUAUUGGUCAUUGAGAUUUUUUAUUUUAUUAUAUUUUUUUACGAUUUUAACAAUCCUUUAGAAUCUUUGACUUAAAUUAUAUUUAGUAGCAUUUAUACAGGGAUCUGAAGAUAGAGAACUGAAUAAGUUCAAAUCAUGUUAUAUAAGAAUAUGAAACAUACACAGAACAGUUUUGUUUAGGACUGGAGAUUGUAAUUUCAACCAACCAAGGAAUUAAGCACAGUUCACAUUAUAUCACAAAGACUUGCCUCUCCUCCGUAAAGAGUGCUGGCCAUCUGUUCCUGAAUUCUGAUGAAAGGCAAAUCCUCAACCACCUCAUGUCUCCUGACCUGUAUGCAGAUGAUCCGUCUGUCAGCACCUUGACAACCUGAUCAUUGUUUAUUUUAGUCACUACAGAUAACAGUGCAACUCUGCUCUUCAAGGCUAUCUUUGGUUUCAAGGGUAAUCAGGACAAUAAUUCACCUCUGCUUUUCUGUGUUUC